AUGCAAGACUUUGACUACAGUAAAGUGGCUCUAUCGGGGACUGAUAGCAAACUGAACGUCAUCCGCCUAAUUGGUGGUGAGGAUGCUGUGGAACAGGCAAUCUCUCUGGCCUGGUGUCGCCAUCACAUCAUUGUUGCUACCCCCGGCCGCCUGUUAGAGCACAUGAAGCAGUCGCCUGGCUUUGCUCAGCAUCACCUCUCCACAAUGAAGCACCUGGUCCUAGAUGAGGCUGAUCGUAUGCUCAGCAUGGAGUUUGCCGAUGAUAUUGACGCCCUCCUAAACGUUUUUGCGAGACCGGUGGCCUUGCUAGCACCCUCGAAACACCCAAAUAGAACUACAAAAGGACAGACGUACUUAGAUAGGAUUCAGCACAGAAGGGAAGAGAAGGAGGAGACCACAGAAGAUGGUGGCAAAAAAGAAAAUACUUACCAACACAAGGGUGCCCGAUUCCCGCAUCCUCAGACCCACCUGUACACUGCUACUAUGACCAAAGAUGUUGGAAAGCUGCGUCGC